AUGGCGAGCCACGAUACCCCCUCUAAACGAAGCGGGAGUCGCAAACUCCAGAAGCCGAAUCCCAGACUCGUUCGACUGCCCUCCUCGCAUAUGCCUGCUCGCCUCAGUCUAGGAGCAGACGCCCAAGACGAUGUGACCGCCCCUUCCAGAGGUCGAAACGCCCCAGCACAAUACAUGAAUCAAUCUAUAUUCUCCAUGAUAGCAGCCGCUGGGUCGCGGACGGACUUCAAUGCUAGAUUCGAUGAGUCUAGCGACAGUGAGGAAGAGAUCGCCGAAGAGACGUCCACACAGUUCGAGGGUAUAUCCAAGCCCGGCGGCCCAACCACAACUAAUGAAGAUACCAAUCAAACUGUAGCGAUACAUGACAAAGAGACAGCUGUUGACAAGAAAAGCAAGCAGCUUUCAGGACAUCGGCUAGUACAAUCCCUACCACGCCUAUCUGCGCGGGCAAUCAAGCCAAAGGGAAAGAAUCCAGCUGCACGAAUCGACCCGAGCCCGGAGAGUGAUGAAUCCUCAGUAUCUUCAAGCAAUCCACGAGAUGCACCGGUGCUGAGCAGGCUCGUCACAGCGGAGGCUGAAUUCAAGGAGAAUGAGGAGGCACUCACACUGACAGCAUCCCCAGAAGUCCAGGCCCAAAGAAGCAGGGGUGACUCGACACCACAAACACUUCUUGCUACGCGUCUUAUGGAAAUCUUCGGCUUCGAGCAGCCAGAAAAGGUUGUGGCUGAGUACCCAUGUUGGCUAUUGCAGAGUGUACUCCUGCAAGGAUAUCUCUACAUCACCAAACAGCACAUUUGUUUUUACGCAUACCUGCCUAAGAAAUCGCACACGGUCGGCAAAACUGGGUACCUUUGCAAGAAGGGUCGGACAACCUCCAAAUUUAAGAGAUAUUGGUUUUCGCUCAACGGCGAUGUCCUUUCGUACUAUACGGACCCUGCCAACCUUUAUUUCCCUUCUGGAAAUAUCGACCUUAGAUACGGCAUAUCUGCGGCUUUCUUGACCGACAAGAACAAAAGCAAAGAGUGCAGGGAUUUCUCUUUGACGAUCGACCACCGUACAUACCACCUUCGUGCGGACACUGGUUCGAGCGCUAGAGAAUGGGUGCAAGCCCUGCAGAAGACGAUCUUCCGCUCUCAUAAUGACGGAGAUAGCGUGAAGAUAUCGCUUCCCGUGGAAAACAUCAUUGACUUUGAAGAGAGCCCCGUAGUGGAGUUCGCUGAGACAGUGAAAAUCAGAGUCAUAGAAAGCGAAGAUUCCUACGCCAUUGACGAGUAUUUCUUCACCUUUUUCAGUUUCGGCCAAGAUGCGCUUCAGGUACUUGGGAGCCUUCUUGCAGAAGGUCCUGGUAGAAGAACAUCUGAAGACUUUUUGUCUCCUACACAAAAAGACGUCACCCUACGCAGCCCUAGAGCCAGGCCUGCUUUAUAUCGACAAACAUCAGACGUCACGCCUGGUAGUCCAAGAGGGCAAUCGAGCCCAUCCCUCAAAGAUAGUGUCAGAGCGACGCUGUUGCCAUUUUCCCCUGAAGAGGGCGGCAGACUGUCUCCAAGGAUGAGCGGAGAAUUUCAACGUGGCAACAGUCCAUCUCGUUUGAGCGUCGACUCUCCGCACUUCUAUGGUCGUGCUAGCUUUGAUCGCGGACGCAGAAGUGGGAGCACAAGUCGACUGGAAGUCAAUACAUCUAGACGACAAUCUCCCCUUACACGGCGCAUUGAGUCGGAGGAUUCUUACAUUCAAUCUAUCGACAAAGAAACGGACUCAUCCAACGCGCCAUUAUCGCCUAGAGCGGAAGCGCAGAUGUCUGCCAGUCAGAUACUGACCGGGAGCGACGUCUUUCAUCCCCCAGCGGUCCAACGUAUGGAGACUUUGGCUUCCAUGUCAACUGAACCUACCCGGAGAUCGUCAGAAGGACCGACUAUGCCAUCCAAUUCUCCACCCAAGGAGGUAAUGUCGCCUAUUCCGAUAAGAGAGGCAGCUGACACAUUUGGACGGUCUCCGCGAGAGGGCAGAAUCGGUGCACACGCGGAAGGUAUGUUGCGUACAGGUACUUCGCCGACACUGCAGGACCUGGUCAAAGCAGGCUCUUAUCCUCUCCAACGUGCAGGUGCGUUUGCCGACUACCUCAAAAGUCGCUCGGUCUCCAUGAAAAAGCUACUGGCGACGGAGUCCAUGUCGUACCUGGAGAAAGUCUCGGGCAUGUGGGCUGGCGACCGGAAGCAUUAUGGUGAAAACGAAGGUGUGGUCCCGGAUGACAAGGGUAUUGACCCAGAAGAUGAAGAGGCAAAUGUUGGGCAUGGGGAUCGAUUUCGUGCUCACUUUGCUCUUCCGCCUACCGAGAAACUGCAGGCGACUUACUUCGGCUUCCUUCACCGUGUACUUCCCCUAUACGGCAAGAUUUAUAUCAGCAACCGCAAGUUUUGCUUCCGAAGCCUACUCCCGGGGACUCGCACUAAGCUCGUCCUCCCGUUAAAGGACAUUGAAAAUGUGGACAAGGAAAAAGGAUUUCGCUUUGGAUAUCAUGGCCUGGUACUGGUCAUUCGAGGGCACGAAGAGCUCUUUUUCGAGUUCAGCUCCAGCGAACACCGCGACGACUGUACCGUGACACUAUUACACAGCCUUGAAACUGUACGCUACAUGACGGAAUCAGGCAUCUUAGCCAGGCAGGACCAGGAUGAGGCCGAGAUUGCCAAAGAAGAGCACCGCCUGCUGCAGGAAGCGCGCAAAGAUUCGACUGGGGAUCAUCAGCUCGUGUUGCCGGACACAGCUGAAGCAGUUUACAGCCAUCAACAUGCAUCUGUACUCUUCGACAACCCUCGGGCAUCCAUCAUCAACUUUAAGCCAUUGGCAUCCUUGCGCAUUACAUGUCUGACGAUUGGCUCCAGGGGAGAUGUGCAACCGUACAUUGCACUGUGUAAGGGCCUCCUGGCGGAGGGCCACAAACCUAGGAUUGCCACUCAUGCAGAGUUUGGUCCUUGGGUCGAGAAGCACGGAAUCGAAUUUCGACCUGUCGAGGGUGAUCCAGCAGAAUUGAUGAGAAUAUGUGUCGAAAAUGGCAUGUUCACCUAUUCUUUCCUGAGAGAAGCAUCGGCGAAGUUUCGCUCCUGGAUCGACGAACUUCUCAGUUCAGCGUGGCAGGCAUGUCAAGAUAGUGACCUUUUGAUUGAGUCGCCCAGUGCGAUGGCUGGCAUCCACAUUGCGGAAGCGCUCAAGAUACCCUAUUUCCGGGCUUUCACCAUGCCAUGGACCCGGACCCGGGCGUAUCCUCAUGCGUUCGCGGUGCCCGAGCACAAGAUAGGAGGCGCUUACAAUUACUACUCAUAUGUCAUGUUUGACAAUGUGUUUUGGAAAGCCAUAUCCGGGCAGGUCAAUCGGUGGCGCAAGAAGGAGUUGGGGCUGCGCAGCACCAACUUGGACAAGAUGCAACCCAACAAGGUGCCAUUCCUGUACAACUUUUCGCCUCAUGUGGUUGUACCGCCGUUGGACUACAGUGAUUGGGUGAGAGUGACCGGAUAUUGGUUUCUCAACGAGGCGCAGGAUUGGACGCCGCCUCCAGAACUGACGGCCUUCAUUCGAAACACACGUGACGACGGCAAGAAGCUGGUCUACAUCGGCUUUGGGUCCAUUGUGGUGUCCGACCCUGCAGCCCUCACCAAGACCGUUGUGGAUUCGGUGCUCAAAGCCGGUGUCCGGUGCAUCUUGUCCAAAGGCUGGAGCGAUCGGCUGGGAGACCCUGCGGCUCUGAAGACGGAGGUGCCUCUACCGGCAGAUAUCCUCCAGAUCAAAUCUGCCCCGCACGACUGGUUAUUUACGCAAAUUGACGCUGCUGUCCAUCAUGGCGGCGCAGGCACCACGGGCGCAAGUUUGCGAGCAGGCGUACCCACGGUGAUCAAACCAUUCUUUGGUGAUCAAUUCUUUUUUGGGUCACGGGUGGAAGAUUUAGGGGUCGGCAUUUGUCUGAAGAAGGUCAACGUGAGCUUGUUCUCGCGAGCGCUGUGGGAAGCGACCCACUCGGAACGAAUGAUUGUCAAGGCCCGGCUACUUGGAGAACAAAUCCGACAGGAGAAUGGAGUGCAGACUGCAAUCCAAGCCAUUUAUCGGGACUUUGAGUAUGCCAAGUCACUGGUCAAAGCACGGGCGGCUAUUGAAUCUGUCGCGGCUAAUGCGACGACUCCCGUUGAUGAGGGCGAUAUUGAGGAGAGCUGGACGUUUAUCGGCGAUGAGAGCGACCCUGAUCUGCAGAAGCAGAUACAAGAGUGGGACUUGCCUCUCCGUGGCCGUGGACCACGCGUGAGUAUGGACCGAGCGGGUCUACGAUCGAUGCAAGGGGUGGAACCGGUACGAAAGAGCAGCAGCGUGAAACGGCGACACUAGACGAGAGGAUGUUGGUGGUCAAUGUAUCCGGGGCCCACCCGAGUCAGGGUCAGCGGGGUGCAAGUGCACACGAAUGUGCUCUUUUUAUGGGGACGGUGCAACAACUGCCAGUGCAUGCAAAUUUCCAAACUGAGUCCAGGGCUUUGUUCGAGCAGGAUUGGAGUAAUGGAUUGGGGCGAUGGUCUGGGAAAUGAGGAGCAUGAGCGGCAUCUUUGCUCACUCAGGAGGGCUUGGAACGUUUUAGAAUGAGGUGCCAUCCGAAUGGCCACAUGAACGAUUUUAGGAUUGACGACGUCACGUUAGUUGAUAGAUUAAAGAAACGAGGUACCGUACGAGCGCGACUAAUAGUAAUAGACAGGCUGGAUCUGGCAUGCGAGAUGGGUGUUUAUUGCUGAUACGUUACGAACCUGGGGGUGUCGGUGU